AUGCCCGUCCCGAACAGAAAACGACUCUCACUUUCCACCAUGACACAACAAAAGUCUGUUCACUUCUCUGAUAUUAUUAGCUUCAGCGACAAUCGCAUUGGAUAUCUCGAGUGUGAAGACGGCGAAUCCAGCAGAGCGUGUCGGGAAUCGAAUGUGAAGCCACAAUCUCCAACGCACACAAGUUCGAUUCCACACCGCAGGCCCUUCAUUAUGCCAGUAUGCAACCUUCCGCCAAUACUACCUCAACGCCGACACGGUUUGGAUCAAAUGAGCAGAGCUGAGGAUGGCUCAACUCUCUAUGCUCCGCAAAAUGAUUCAUUGGACAUUUCUGGAAGAUCCUUGGACAGCUUGAUGCCAAAGGCCGUAAAACUUUCGAAGAAUACUAUCUGGCUACCGCUGAUGUCAGGAGACGGUGAUGACAUAUCUCCGCCAGUGAUGCCUAAGCGUCAACUUUCUGGCAACAGUGUGGAUAUGCUUUCUACACCUCACACGAGCAUCCGCGAUAAUCUCAAUGCGGACUGGAGUCGAGCAUGUGACUGCAAUGCCCGAUGGAAUUGCGAUGUAGUACCAUCACCACCACUCCUAAUAUAG